GUUUAACUUAUCCAAAAAGAAAGUCCAAAGUUUAUGACCAUUAUAUUGUUAAUGCUAAGGUAGGACCUUAGAAUGGACAAGAAUGUGGAAUAUAAUGAAUCCAUAAUAAAAGGAUUUCCAUUACUUGACAUUGAAGUUUUGUUCAUCCCAAAAGAAAUUCUUAAAAAGUAUGCUUCUAUAUGUUCAUCAUCCCCUCAAAUACCUAAGUGUCUAGUUCUAUUCUCAAUCCCUCUGUCGUACCGCAAUAGCUUUUUAUUUCUUUAAUGGAACGCGAGGAGGGAAAACAAUCUUCUCAAAAAAAUCCUUACACAGAACUUGAGGAAGUUAGCUCCGAUUUUAUUCUAGCAAUUGGUUUGCAAGAACAAGAGUUAGAGAGAACAACAUUCACAAACCUAGCAACCAUUGAAAGUGAAAGCGACGAAGAUGUAACUGAGUCAUCUUUUAGCAAUGAUGAUAUUGGUGAUGCCGAUUUUUCAUUUAGUCAAGAGUUUGAAACCGAUCUUCAAUUUCUUGAAGGUGAAGGAAGUAAUAUUGAUGAUGACGACGAUGACUACGAUGAAAUGGAAGAAGAUGAAAUUGAUCCAGAUGAAUUAUCUUAUGAAGAGUUGAUUGAGUUAGGAGAUUUUAUAGGAGAAGAAAAAAGAGGAUUAUCACCUAAUGAAAUAUCUUCUUGCUUAUAUCCUUAUACUUGCAAAAUUGCUGAAAGAAAAAGUGGAAUUGAUCGUUGUGUGAUUUGUCAAAUUGAAUAUGAAGAUGGUGAAGCCUUAGUUACACUUCAUUGUGAUCAUCCUUAUCAUACAGAUUGUAUAAGCAAAUGGCUUCAAAUUAAGAAGGUUUGUCCAAUUUGUAGCAAUGAAGUUUCAACUCCAAACAAGGCUAAGAGCACUUGAUGAAGUGUUUGGAUUUUAAAAUUGAUGUGUAUAUUCAAAUUAUUGUAAUCUUCAUUUGAAUGAAAAAUUAUAGUUGAAAAAUAAAUAAUAUAGAAGAGUUGGAUUUAUAAAGUACAAAUAUUAUCACUAGAAAAUUUAAAAAUUCCUCAUGUACUACAAAAUUCCCAAUUGUAGAUUGAUUUGAAUAAUUUAUAUUAAUCUGAAAAUGAAAGUGUU